GCAGGUCCUGACUCUUGUAAGCAUGUUGGCCAUCGUUUUUGUACUUAACAAAAAUAUUUUAACUUAUUUUUUGAGCUUUGCUGUCUUUGGCCUAAGGGAUGAUAGUAUUUGUGUACAGCUAAUAUCGGGAUUUAAACAAAUUGUAACGGACUGAAAGAACACUACUCAAUGCCAUCAAGAGUUUGGGGAUAUUUUGCCAUAAGUGGUUUAAGAUUGAUCAUUAGCGUUACAUUAAACUCUUCCAUACAGCAAUUAAUGCACCCAUGUUAUUGUUCUGAAAUAUACUAAACUAAUAUACAAAAAAUGUAAAACUUCUAGGCGACGCUCCUGUACCAGUUGACGUAUCGGUAAGGCAAGAAUACUGUGGAGAAGUCACUUCUGUCAGAAGGAGCCUGAAGAGUUGACUUGACUCAGCAGUCCUCGCACAAUCAUCUGGCGAUCAAGUUUAAACUUUUUUUUUAUUUAUUUUUUUAAAUGUUUUUAAAUUGAAGUCCAAGUAAAUGCUUUUGACUGGCCUCAGAUAUUAGUUUCCCAAGCCUGAAAGUAGAGGGCUGCUGUUCAAAAUGUGACAACUUGCAUGUCUUGAAUAUUUCCAUAUCAUGGGAACAAUAUGACAUUUGAAGGGUGGAUUUUUCCUUUCUAAAUUAGCAGCUAUUGGUUGAGUUAUAGGGUCCUCAAUUGUCUCACUUCAUGAUGCAUCUUUAAUGUGAGUACUGAAGCCCGGCUGCUACCCGUCUCUACUUCCUAAUGUGUAUUUUGCCCAGCAAGGAAGUUCCUCCCUCAGUUGCAGACUGCUCAGUCUGUUUUCAGAGAGUUAAUGCACAUAAGUGUUAACAUUAGACAUGGCUUCAGAUACCUCAGUCAACACAUUCACAUAGUAUCUCUGUGCUAUGGUUUCCAAGAGGGACCCAGAUAUGUGAACUGUGACACCUUUUCACAUUCUCUCAGCAGAAUUGCUGUAUCUGACCUCUAUAACUUAAUGGCAAAAAACAGCCGAAAUUGGGGUGUUUUUAACAGAAGUCUCAUUGUAAUCAUCAACCACACGCAGCAGACGUGGAACACUUACAUGAGGUAAAAGAAACUGUCCCAAGAAGUGUAAUGUACCAUUGGAAAUCAAUUGUACAGUGAAAUAUACAGUAUCUGAAUGUAUUUUAAAAGGUCAGUUUUGACUUUUUCCUCCUGUAAGACAAACUAUGUUGACAGUGACUAUAAAAUGUAGUAGACCUACAUUUUAUAGUCAGGUCUUAGUCGGUGUAAUUUAACACCUUACACGCCAAUAAAAAGUCAAAUGAGAGAUUCUUCAUACAGACAAUUGUGUAAAUCAUUACGCUUGUCAACACACUACCGUUGAUAGAUAUGUUAAAGGGUGCUGAGGACUGGGACCAUGGCCAUGUAUGUGUUGUGCUACACACAGUAUUUCAGCCAUUUGGACGUUGAUAUUGUUCUAAUAAUUUAGUUUCAUAUGGUAAAGAUAUGUUCACCAUUUGUCUACAAUCUAUUAUAAUGGGGGGGGGAAAUAAAAUCACCAACGACCAAUAUAGAAAGAUCUAACGUUAACCAGUUCUCUUCUCGUGGCUCCGCCCACACGGAGGGUUCACGUGACUGACCGUCGCCCAGGUUGUGUCGAAAGCAUCCUGGUGUUAGCAGUUAGCUUACCGCUGACAGAAAUUAUAAAGUGUGAAUAUUUUUAUAUAAUGGGUGAAUAUUAACGUGGCUCUAGUGAGGACAAAGAAGAUAAGGAACUACCCAAACAGGCUUUUUUUUCCCCCAACAUGGUUGGACAGCUGAUAUCGGAAGAGGCCAGUCAACACUGCUAACUAAACAUUAGCGUUAGCUCACGUCCAAACUUUGACGGGCACCAGCAGCAAUUCGUUAGCUAGCUGCUAGUUCGCCUAAUUGCUACUACAAUUCCAGCUAGCCAGGACACGUACCUUGUUAUUGUAGCAGGUAUGCUAACUAACUAGCGCCGUGGGUAUUUACGCACUGUCUAAUGACGCGUAAAAUCAUCAUUAACGCUAUUACUAUGUAACGGUAGCUAACCUCUGAAUAAUGACAACUGUUGUAUGCUAACGUUAGCCACUUCAACUUCACCGCAACUAAGAUGUACACAAUUGCUCCAAAUCAUCAGCGUUAGUGAUUGUCUUUCUCAUAGCUAACGUUAAUAGUAAAAUAAAGCGAACAGCAGCUGGUAAACAGCUGUAAUCUGACUAGCUGCACGCCUGUGUUUUCUGAUCGAUGUCGGCCAAUAACAUGAGAUAAAUAAUGCGAAACAGCAGGAUGUCAAACGCGUGGGGAUUAACGUCAGGGCAGCAGUAUUGUUUAGGAAGCACAGCUGUCCGCUCGUUUCGCUAAUCCUUGUAUUCCUCAUAAUGACACAGUAGAUGUUUGUGACUGCUGAACGUGUAGUGUAAGAUUAACAUCUUGUAUACACCAAGACGUCUGACUAGCAAGUUCACUUUAAACGGUCUGCAUAGGCUAUAGUAUUGUUCUUCUUGAAAGUAUGCCCGGGGACGCGUCUGAUAGUAGUGAUGACUCCGAUGCAAAAACAAAUGAAACGGCCUGUACCGUCAAGCAUCAAAUCACCAAUGCUAACCUCACAGGUCACACUGAGAGGGUCGGUAUGGAGAACUUUGAGCUGCUCAAAGUCUUGGGCACUGGAGCUUAUGGUAAAGUGUUUUUGGUCAGAAAGAAUACCGGCCACGAUGUGGGCCAGCUAUAUGCUAUGAAGGUGUUAAAGAAAGCAGCUAUUGUUCAAAAGGCAAAGACGACAGAACACACUCGCACUGAGAGGCAGGUGCUGGAGCACAUCCGACAGUCUCCCUUCCUGGUGACCCUCCACUACGCCUUCCAGACGCAGAGCAAGCUGCAUCUCAUCCUGGACUACGUGAGCGGCGGGGAGAUGUUCACUCAUUUGUACCAGCGGGAUCACUUCCCCGAGGAGGCGGUGCGGAUUUAUAUCGGGGAAACAAUCCUGGCUCUGGAGCACCUGCACAAGCUUGGGAUUGUGUACCGAGACAUCAAAUUGGAGAACAUUCUUCUAGACAACGAAGGCCAUGUGGUACUGACAGAUUUCGGGCUAAGCAAGGAGUUUUUGGAAGAAGAGAAGGAGAGGACCUACUCUUUCUGCGGCACCAUUGAGUACAUGGCACCUGAAAUCAUCAGGGGGAAAUCUGGGCACGGCAAGUCGGUAGAUUGGUGGAGCCUUGGGAUCCUGAUGUUUGAGCUUCUGACGGGUGCUUCUCCUUUUACCUUGGAGGGGGAGAGAAACUCCCAGAGUGAGGUGUCAAAACGUAUCCUGCGCUGUGAUCCCCCUUUCCCCUCCAUGAUCGGACCCACUGCUCAGGACCUGCUGAGGAAGUUGUUGGUGAAAGAUCCCCACCGGAGGCUGGGCUCUGGACCACGAGGGUCUGGAGACAUCAAAGCACACAGCUUCUUCAAGGGACUGAACUGGGCUGACCUAGCACAGAAGAAGGUGCAGAGUCCGUUCAAGCCGGAGCUGAAGAGUGAACUUGACGUGGGGAACUUUGCUGAGGAAUUCACCGGGAUGGAUCCCGUCUACUCUCCGGCGAGCACACCGCCGAGCACUGACCGCCUGUUCCAGGGUUACUCCUUUGUUGCUCCCUCCAUCCUGUUCAACAAGAACGCGGCCAUGGGAGACUUUGUUAAAUCCCAUAUCGGUGCUGAUCGUCCUGCUUCAGCCUCUGUCCAACGCAGUGCAAUAUUAGAGGAAUCCCAGUUUUUUCAGCACUAUGAGCUGUGUCUUCAUGGGCCACCCCUGGGCGAGGGUAGCUUCUCUGUGUGCAGGAAAUGCCGACACAAGCAAAGUGGCCACGAGUAUGCCGUCAAGAUCGUCAGCCGCAGAAUGGAGGCCAACACCCAGAGGGAGGUUGCUGCUUUGAGGCAAUGCGAGACUCAUCCAAACAUCGUCAAGCUGCAUGAAGUGUACACGGAUCAGUACCACACAUAUUUAGUGAUGGAGCUCCUGCGAGGUGGGGAGUUGCUGGAGAGGAUAAAGAGGAAGAAACUCUUCGGAGAGGCGGAGGCCAGUCAGCUGUUACAGAGCCUGGUGUCGGCAGUCAGCUUCAUGCACGAGGCUGGAGUCGUGCACAGAGACCUCAAACCGGAGAAUGUGCUGUUUGCAGAUGAGGCGGAGGACUCCAUUCUGAAAGUAAUAGAUUUUGGAUUUGCCCGCCUGUGCCCGGCAGGCAGCGCCCCCCUGCAGACUCCCUGCUUCACGCUGCAGUACGCCGCACCUGAACUCUUUGAGAGUGCAGGAUACGACAAAGCCUGCGACCUCUGGAGUCUCGGGGUCAUCCUGUACACCAUGCUGUCAGGCCAGGUGCCAUUUCAGAGUGAGCAGCGGGGGAUGACCUCAUCAUACGCUGCUGACAUCAUGCAAAAGAUUAAAGAGGGCGAUUUCUCAUUGGAUGGGGAGGCAUGGAAGGGCGUAUCGGAGGACGCCAAAGAGCUUGUUAAAGGCUUACUGACCGUGGACCCAGAGACGCGUCUCAAACUCUCUGAUCUGAAAGAGAACAGCUGGCUGCAGGGCGGAGCAUCCAUGUCCACCACUCCUCUGUGCACUCCAGAUGUGCUCGAGUCUAGUGGGCCUACUGUCCGCACCUAUGUCAAUGCCACCUACAAGGCUUUCAACCUUGGUAAGAGAGAGGGCUUCUUUCUGAAAAGUGUCGACAACGCUCCCCUUGCAAAACGCAGAAAGCUGAAGAUGACGAGCACAGGCGUCGAGACCCGAUGGAGUUCAUCCUCUUCCUCCUCCUCCUCCUCCACUUCCUCCUCUGCCUCGGCCUCUGCAACAUCAUCCAAAAUGCAGCCAAAGCAAACUGUGUCCCCAAAGCAAACUGUGUCCCCAAAGCAAACUGUGUCCCCAAAGCAGAGCUAGCCUCAAUGGCAGUGGAGAGAACAGAAGGGAAAUGAAGAGGUGUGUGCUUCUACGGGCAACCCAGGGUCCUCCAGUGCUGAUGGGGUCACCCAGUUUCCAAAAAGAAGGACCAUACUGUCAAACCAAAAGACUGGUUUAGGUUUGUGUUAAGUUUUCAAUACAAAAUUUUAUUCCAUCUUUUAACAACAAAGCAACUUUGCCAAUAUUCUCCCCUAACCAAACUGUGUUUUCCUUGAAUGGAUGGAGGAGGAGGUGGCAGGAGUCUAGUUUGGCAUCAUUAAGAUGCACAGAAAUCUGUGGCCUUGAGAAAAAUAUUAUUAUCCAGUAUUGACCAUGGUAUGGUGAUAUUAUACACUAAAAGUUCAAAAUCAGACAUUUAUUACCUGUUUUCACUGUGUGUAAGAAACAGUGCCUGGCUAUAUAGGGACAAAGGGAAAAAGGAGCCAUAAAUGAGCAGAAGCCAUAUUUAUAGCGACGCAGCGAAUUAAACGUUGUGGAUACACACCGAUUUGCACAUAGCAAAUUGAAUAGCCCUUCCAGCAAUUCACAGGCUUGAAUCCUUUGAUUGUAUCUAGUUAUUUUGAACUUUGCCACACGCGUAAUGAUUCGGUUAAAAGCUUGGCCACGAGUGCUUGUGCCACACGAAAGCACUCGUCUUUUUUUUUUUUUUUUUUUUGCUGUUGCACUAUUUGCAGAGAGCGUAAAUGAUCGAGAAAAAAAAGGGCAGACUGCUGGAAGGAAUGGCCUCGGAGGGAAAUGCUUCUGAUAUGUGUGACCUUUGAGAUGGCAGAGGAUGCUGUAGUCAAAAUGGUCUCUAUUGGAUGCGGUUUUAACUGCGUCAGUCCUGUGGGCACUGACUUUGCAAAGCAGUUGCACUUCCAAUACACUACCAACUCUAUAGAUCCUGUUAAAACACAACGCAUGUCUCAGUCGAUGGCUCUGAUAAGGACUCCAGAGUUGCACUUGAAGUGGUCGCAGUGCUGACGGCGUGCCCGACAGUAGCACUUGUAAACGCAGUUGAAGACACAGAAGGACACGUGAUCUAGAGAGUGGGGUUUUUCUCGUCACACUUGCUGUAAAUUGCUCGUAUUGUUGUGCCGCUCCGACCAUUUCUAGCAUGCUGAUCCGUCGUGAAGAUGAACUGUUUUUUUAAAAUAUUUCGGUAUCUCAAGCGUACUUUGGAAAUGUUUUUAUGCUACCAAGUGCACAAGAGUGUUUGCACGUAGAUUGGAGCAAAAUCCAUUUUUGGUGGUUUUGGUGUCCAUCGCCUUUGGCUUGUGAAUUUUCAAAGGGUAUUACAGUUUGUUUUUCUGUUGCCCUAUCAGACCAGCGCCAUAUGCGGUUCCCACGAAUACAAUCUGAUUUGAUACAGUGAAAUAUUCCCCCCCUUAUUAACACUCAGCUUAUUGUCACUUGGGAUGUAAGGGGCCACCCACAGAUGUCUUUUUACAGAUGUGCUUUUAAAACAUUGUAUGGCUUUGAAAUUCAAAUAAUGUCACAGAAUGAGACACGUAAUCAUGAAUUUAUUAUGGUUCUGAUGAGCCCAUCCUGCAAGUUCUGUAUAUACUCAUUCUUGAUUUAAAGCAAAAAAAAAAAGAAGAUGUAUGUAAUGAUUUUAAGAUUUGAAAACUGUUUUAAUGGUAUAUUAGUCUUCUGGUGUAUUUUUGUUGGACUUUCUUUCUUUUUUUUUUUUUUUUAACAUGUUGCACAAACAGUUGAUCAAUUAAACACAUUUCAGCUUUAACAGUGCUUUCUCUGAUAUUUAUUACAUGUAGUUGAUAUUAAUGCUGUGGUAAUGGGAUUCAUGAUUGAAUUGGCUCUUGUAGUGUACCAACAGUGUGUGUGUGUGUGUGUGUGUGUGUAUGUGUCUGAGCGGUUGUGUAAGAGCAUGAAUGGUGCUGGGAAGUUGGUUGUACCGAUAUAUAUUUCUGUACCAGAUGAAGCAUUAUUGCAAGUUACUGUAUUAUUCCCUUGUUGUUUGCCGCCUUUGUCUGUUUAUAAGGUAACCGGUUGUUUGUAUUUGAACAUUUACAUUUCUACUUAAGAAUCUGUGCUUUUAUUGGUGUUAUUUUGGUGUAGUUUCCUUUUCGCUUCCUUUUUUUGAGCAUUACUAUUUUACUGAGGUGCACUGUCACUGAUGUCGUAACUGGGAAUUUAUCUUUUGCACCAAGUUUUUUUUUUUUUUUUUUUUUUGGUUGGUGCAAAAUAAACAUUACUUUUAAAUA